GCCGCGGACGGAAGCUAUUUAACAUUGGCACAAUUUCGGAUAUUAAAAUCAAAUAUGAAUUCGCUUUUAACGUUAUAAGUGGUAAAAUAGGAGCUAAGUGAAGUGAGAGAAGAACAUCAAGGAGUGUUAGCAAGGUGACCAUUAUGUCCAAAUAUGCGUUAACUAUUAGCUUGUACUGGAAUUCUGAAUGUUAAAGCGAUCUAUUUUCAUUAUGGACUUUCACUUCAGACUGGCGCUGUUUUGAUUUGGGACGACAUUUGUCCUGGCUGUCACGAGCGCGCGUCAGCAGGCGUUGAGAUCCGACUUCUGUGCAGUCACGGCUCCGCCUCUUCCCGCACUCUGUCCUCCACUCCCUCUCUCAAGAUGGCGCAGGAGUUCGUGAAAGCGACGAUCGAGGGGAACAAAGUGGUGAUCUUCUCCAAACCCACCUGCUCCUUCUGCAUCCGGGCCAAAGACGUGCUGUCCAAGUACAAGCUGAAGCCGGGUCGCCUGCAGAUCGUGGACAUCAGCGCGCGUGAAGACAUGGGCAGCCUGCAGGACUACUUCCUGGAACUGACCGGAGCUCGCACGGUCCCGCGUGUGUUCAUCGGCCAGGAGUGUGUCGGGGGAGGCAGCGACGUGGAGGCUCUGCACGCCAGCGGUAAGCUCGAGGGGAUGCUGCAGGCCAUCGGAGCUCUUCAGUAACUACUCCCAGGAGCGCCUGCCGUUACAUGACAGCGCAGCGCGACUUGCGCAGCUUGCGUCGCCGCUGCUGGUACUCGCUGAGCUCCUGCAGGUAACCUCUGGAGGGCCAGCGGAGCCGCUCCACCUGCUCCCGCUCCUCGUCUGCAACACACACCAGAGGCCCUUGUACAGACACUUCUGCUUCCGCUUCUGCCCGGCCCGGUUCCAAUAAAAGCUGCUCUUGCUGCUCACCCAUGUUUCUCCUGCCUCUUUCCCUGGUUUCAAAAAUGUAGCUUUCGAAUGAUCACAUGAUCAUCAGCAGGUCCAGACAUGAAUCUAUGCUAACACUACUGACGAUACACUUUUUUGAAAUUUUUGUAUUUGUCAUUUUCAUCUAUUCACUAAUAAUUGUAAUUUCCUUUUUUAUUUUUAUUUUCAUUUAUAUCGUUAAAAUGUGUGUCAUAUGCUUGACUACUGCAUUUUUUUGUUUCUUUUCUAUUUUUUUGUUCUACAUAUUUACACAUUUUUAUUGAUUUAUAAUAUGAAUAUAUAAAUACAAUCUAGUUUUUCUCAAAUAACAAAAAACGAGAAAUUUACAUAAAUGAUUAAAUUGUUUAUUGAUUAUAUUACAUACAAUAUUAUCCAAAUCAUACUUUUAGACAAUAUUUAAUAUUGUAAUUGUUUUAAUAACAAA